CCGGCUCCCGGCCUGGAGCCGUUUCUCUAAGGACGCGCAGCCGAGGCGAGGGGGUGUGAGGACGCGGGAGGCCGUGUCGUCGGAUCCGCCCGCAGUCCGCAGCCCCGCCGAGCCUGGAAGCCGCCGGGAUGGAGCCGCCGCUCCCGGUUGGAGCCCAGCCCCUCGCCACUCUCGAGGGUAUGGAGAUGAAGGGUCCUCUCCGGGAGCCCUGCGCCCUGACCCUAGUCCAGAGGAACGGGCAGUAUGAGCUAAUAAUCCGGUUGCACAAGAAGGAAGAGCUUGUUCAAGAUAUCAUUCCUAUAAAUAGCCAUUUUAGAUGUGUUCAAGAAGCGGAAGAAACUCUUUUGAUUGACAUAGCCUCAAACAGUGGCUGCAAAAUUCGGGUUCAAGGGGACUGGACCAGAGAGCGCCGCUUUGAAAUCCCUGAUGAGGAACACUGUUUGAAGUUUCUCUCAGAGGUCCUUGCUGCUCAGGAAGCACAGUCACAACUUCUUGUUCCAGAGCAAAAGGACUCAUCCAGCUGGUACCAGAAAUUGGAAACUAAGGACAAAACUGUGUUUUCAGGGCUUCUUGAAUUUGAGGAUAAUUUUUCAUCUAUGAAUUUGGACAAGAAAAUAAAUUUGCAGAAUCCACCUACGGGGGUUCAUCGGGAACCUCCACCCCCACCCUCUUCAGGGAAUAGAAUGCUUCCACGUGAAAAAGAAGCUUCUAACAAGGAACAGCCCAAAGUGACCGACACCAUGAGGAAGCUGUUUGUACCAAACACCCAGUCUGGGCAGCGGGAGGGUCUCAUCAAACACAUCCUGGCAAAGCGAGAGAAAGAAUAUGUCGACAUUCAGACUUUCAAAUUUUUUGUUGGAACUUGGAACGUGAAUGGCCAGUCUCCAGACAGUGGGUUAGAACCUUGGCUGAACUGUGAUCCGAAUCCUCCUGAUAUCUACUGCAUUGGAUUCCAAGAGUUAGACUUGAGCACCGAAGCCUUUUUCUACUUUGAAUCUGUGAAGGAACAAGAGUGGUCUUUGGCUGUGGAGAGAGGUUUGCAUUCCAAAGCCAAGUAUAAGAAAGUUCAAGUAGUCCGCCUUGUUGGGAUGAUGCUCCUGAUAUUUGCCCGAAAGGAUCAGUGGCCAUAUAUCCGUGAUGUUGCUAAAGAAACAGUUGGAACUGGAAUCAUGGGGAAGAUGGGAAACAAAGGUGGGGUUGCUGUGAGAUUUGUGUUUCACAACACUACCUUUUGCAUUGUCAAUUCCCACCUGGCUGCCCAUGUGGAGGACUUUGAGAGAAGAAAUCAAGAUUAUAAGGACAUCUGUGCACGAAUGAGUUUUGUGGUCCCAAAUCAGACCUUCCCACAGCUGAACAUCAUGAAACACGAUGUUGUCAUCUGGUUGGGAGAUUUGAACUACAGGCUUUGCAUGCCUGAUGCCAAUGAAGUGAAGAGUCUUAUAAACAAGAAUGACCUUCACAGACUUUUGAAAUUUGACCAGCUAAAUAUUCAGCGUACACAGAAAAAAGCUUUUGCCGACUUCAUGGAAGGGGACAUCAAGUUUAUCCCUACUUAUAAGUAUGACUCUAAAACAGACCGAUGGGAUUCCAGUGGGAAAUGUCGGGUUCCAGCCUGGUGUGACCGAAUUCUUUGGAGAGGAAUUAAUGUUAAUCAGCUUCAUUACCGGAGUCACAUGGAACUGAAAACCAGUGACCACAAGCCUGUUAGCGCCCUCUUCCAUAUUGGGGUGAAGGUUGUGGAUAAACGGAGAUACCGGAAAGUGUUUGAAGAUUCUGUACGCAUCAUGGACAGAAUGGAAAAUGACUUCCUUCCUUCAUUAGAACUCAGCCGGAGGGAGUUUGUGUUUGAGAAUGUGAAGUUUCGGCAACUACAAAAGGAGAAGUUCCAGAUCAGCAACAAUGGACAGGUUCCCUGCCAUUUUUCUUUCAUCCCUAAGCUUAAUGACACCCAGUACUGCAAGCCAUGGCUUCGGGCUGAACCUUUUGAGGGCUACUUGGAGCCAAAUGAGACUGUGGACAUUUCCCUUGAUGUGUAUGUCAGCAAAGACUCUGUGACCAUCCUGAACUCAGGGGAAGAUAAGAUUGAAGAUAUUCUUGUCCUUCACUUGGACCGAGGCAAAGAUUACUUCUUGACCAUCAGUGGAAAUUACCUCCCAAGCUGUUUUGGUACAUCCUUAGAGGCUUUGUGCCGAAUGAAAAGACCAAUCCGAGAAGUUCCUGUUACCAAACUCAUAGACUUGGAAGAAGACAGCUUCCUAGAAAAGGAGAAAUCCCUUCUGCAGAUGGUUCCCUUGGAUGAAGGUGCCAGUGAGAGACCUCUUAAGGUCCCCAAGGAGAUCUGGCUUCUGGUAGAUCACUUAUUCAGAUAUGCCUGCCACCAGGAGGACCUGUUCCAAACUCCUGGAAUGCAAGAGGAGUUGCAGCAGAUCAUCGAUUGUCUGGACACCAGCAUUCCCAAGACAAUCCCUGGCAGUAACCACUCGGUGGCUGAGGCACUGCUCAUUUUCCUGGAAGCUCUGCCAGAGCCUGUUAUCUGCUACGAGCUGUAUCAGCGAUGCCUGGACUCUGCUCAGGACCCCCGGAUCUGCCGACAGGUGAUUUCCCAGCUUCCGGCAUGCCAUAGAAAUGUUUUUCGUUAUUUGAUGGCAUUCCUUCGAGAACUCUUAAAAUUCUCGGAAUACAACAACGUCAGUGCCAACAUGAUCGCUACUCUCUUCACGAGCCUCCUCCUAAGGCCUCCACCCAACCUCCUGGCAAGACAGACUCCAAGUGACCGCCAGCGUGCUACCCAGUUUCUCCUGGGUUUUCUGCUGGGAAGCGAUGAAGACUAAUGAUAAGCCUUCUCCUCUUACUACUCUCUGAGAUUCUAGAGGCGGAAGACCCUGGGCACCAAGUAUUUCAGAAUGCUUUGAAAAGUCAUGCCACAGGAAGGGUCUGUUGCAGAAAAAAUUGUGAGGCUGUUGGCAUGAAGAAGUUCUGUUUCUAGUGCAAAAGGAAGAGCGUUUCCUAAUCCCUCCCUUGCCAUAUCCUACACAGCAAGAUACUUUUAGACUUAUAUUGCCAAGCCAAAGUUACCAUAUUUUGGUGUUUUUGUGUUCUCUCUUUAUAAGGCAAAGAGAUCUGUAUUCACACUCUUUUA